GGGAGAGGAUAGAGGGAUAGAGAGAAGGAGAGAGAGGGAGAGAUAGAGAGAGGGAUAGAGAGAGAGAGGUAUGGUGUGAGGGGGUAGAUGGCUGGCCCUGAUGAAGACACACACACACAGGGGUCUCUCUCUAGCAAGCACACACACACUCCUGAUCCUGCUCACCCUCUGUCUCACAGCCCAGGCGCUGGUUCUGCAUGUUCCGGAGGGUUCCUUGCAUGCGGUGGUGCAGGGUUCCGUCCUGCUGCCUGCUGAUGUGUCCAGUUUGGGCCUUCCGCUCGUCUCCUGGAGGGUUGCUACGGCCACGGGUGUGCAUCCCAUAGUUACCUGGCAACCAGGUGUCCCACCCAACGUGUCCUCAGGCUACGAGAGGCGAGUGGAGACGCACACCAACGGCUCCCUCACACUCACACAGCUGCGUCUCCAUGACACCGGAUACUACGUCGUCACGGUUACAGAGUCGUCCGGCAACAGUAAAGAGGCGGGCCUGUUGCUACAGGUGACAGAGGUGCGGUAUGAGGACCUGCAGUAUCUGGGUGUGGUCCUGCUGGUGCUGCUGGCGGUCAGUGGUUCCCUCAUGGUGUCCAUGUGGCUGUUGGAGAGGCUGUAUCGACACCUGAUGUCACGGCAACGCAAAAGACACUCGCCAGAUCUUCAAGUUGAGCUGCAGCCAUUGGAAGCCACACCGAACAGCACCCUGUUUCCAUAGCUACUCGGGUCAAAUAACAAUGUUACAAUUGCUGCUCUGGUCACGCAACAAUGUUACGAUAUGCACUCUGGUCACGCAACAAUGUUACGAUAUCAGUGGGUAGCCACACCCACUGCUACGGCACCGGAAAGCAGUUAGGUGUGUGUGUGUGUGUGUGUGUGUGUGUGUGUGUGUGUGUAUAUAUGAAUGUGUGUGUGUGUGUCUUAAACACACUGACAUCUUGUGUGUGUGACCCUGUAGAAACUGCUCUAUGUUCACUAUUAGCACAUUAGUUAGGACGUGUUUAUGCGUUUAGAUGUGUCACCGUUAGGACGUGUUGAUAUGUUCACUAUUAGCACAGUAGUUAGGAUGUGUUUAUAUGUUCACUAUUAACACAUUAGUUAGGACGUGUUUAUACGUUUAGAUGUGUCACCGUUAGGACGUGUUGAUAUGUUCACUAUUAGCACAUUAGUUAGGAUGUGUUUAUACGUUAACUAUUAGCACAUUAGUUAGGACGUGUUUAUACAUUUAGAUGUGUCACCGUUAGGACGUGUUGAUAUGUUCACUAUUAGCACAUUAGUUAGGAUGUGUUUAUAUGUUCACUAUUAGCACAUUAGUUAGGACGUGUUUAUACGUUUAGAUGUGUCACCGUUAGGACGUGUUUAUACGUUUAGAUGUGUCACCGUUAGGACGUGUUGAUAUGUUCACUAUUAGCACAUUAGUUAGGACGUGUUUAUACAUUUAGAUGUGUCACCGUUAGGACGUGUUGAUAUGUUCACUAUUAGCACAUUAGUUAGGAUGUGUUUAUAUGUUCACUAUUAGCACAUUAGUUAGGACGUGUUUAUACGUUUAGAUGUGUCACCGUUAGGACGUGUUAAUAUGUUCACUAUUAGCACAUUAGUUAGGAUGUGUUUAUAUGUUCACUAUUAGCACAUUAGUUAGGACGUGUUUAUAUGUUCACUAUUAGCACAUUAGUUAGGACGUGUUUAUACGUUUAGAUGUGUCACCGUUAGGACGUGUUGAUAUGUUCACUAUUAGCACAUUAGUUAGGAUGUGUUUAUAUGUUCACUAUUAGCACAUUAGUUAGGACAUGUUUAUACGUUCACUAUUAGCACAUUAGUUAGGACGUGUUUAUACGUUUAGAUGUGUCACCAUUAGGACGUGUUUAUACGUUUAGAUUUGUCAUCGUUAGGAUGUGUUUAUACUAUUUUGAUUUUAAUGUGAUGGGUCUUCCAUCAACCUGUUCUGUGUAUCUGUGUGAUGUCAACAUAGCAAAAGCAACCGUGAGCAAAUAUACCAACAGUGACAGCACAA